CACGCACGACGUAAGAAGUUCCCCUCGCUUGCAUCGCGAAAACGCCCAUCCGCCUCGGUCCUCUUCGCCCUUCCCCAGCAGCCGUCCUCCUCGCCGGCUGGUCCUCCUAUCCCUCCCCCAGCAGCCGUCCACCUCGCCGGCUGCCCCCAGCCCAUCCCGCUCUCCUCCGUGGCACUGAAGAGAAAGAACAAGAACCAGAACAGGAACAGGAACGAGCUUUGGGGCGGUGGCGUUCGUUGCUUCAAUCGCCUGUUAUCUCAAUGGUCAGAUUGUGGAUUGAAGUCUGACUCCCGGAGCUGAUAGGACAGGACCGCGAGCCGUUUCUAUGACAACCGAGAAGCCCUCGUCGGCGGGGGAGAUGAGGAGCGCGAUGGAGGGUGACGCCAGACGAGCCAAUCAGGGCUCGGAGGACUACGGGGACCUGGACGACAGCUCGGACCAGACCCCCAGCAAGGCCUCCAAGUCCCCCCAGAAGAGCUCCUCCAAGAGGCCCAAGACGGUCCCGGUGAAGGUCAACCUGCUGGACGGCUCGCAGUACGAGACGGGCGUGGAGAAGUUUGCCAAGGGCCAGAUGCUGCUGGACUUGGUGUGUGGUCAUCUGAACCUUCUGGAGCGGGACUACUUCGGCCUGAUGUACCAGGACACAGACAACACCAAGAACUGGCUGGAUCCCUCCAAGGAGAUUAAGAAACAACUCCGGGUCGGGUCCUGGCGGCUGGGCUUCUCAGUCAAGUUCUACCCCGCAGAUCCAUCCAUCCUGAUCGAGGACAUCACUCGGUACUACCUGUGCCUGCAGCUGAGGGACGACAUCCUCUCCGGGCGCCUGCCCUGCUCCUUCGUCACCCACGCCCUGCUGGGCUCCUACACCGUGCAGGCGGAGCUGGGCGACUACGAGGCCGACGACCACGGCCCCGACUACGUCAGCGACUUCCGCUUCGCCCCCAACCAGACGAGGGAGCUGGAGGAGCGGGUGAUGGAGCUGCACCACAACUACAGGGGCAUGAGCCCGGCUGAGGCUGAGAUGAACUUCCUGGAGAACGCCAAGAAGCUGUCCAUGUACGGCGUCGACCUCCACCACGCCAAGGACUCAGAGGGCAUCGACAUCAUGCUGGGCGUGAGCGCCAACGGCCUGCUGAUCUACCGGGACCGGCUCCGCAUCAACCGCUUCGCCUGGCCCAAGAUCCUGAAGAUCUCGUACAAGCGCAGCAACUUCUACAUCAAGAUCCGCCCGGGAGAGUACGAACAGUUUGAGAGCACCAUAGGCUUCAAGCUGCCACACCACAGAGCGUCCAAGCGCCUGUGGAAGGUCUGCAUUGAGAACCACACCUUCUUCAGGCUGGUGUCCCCCGAGCCCCCGCCAAAGGGCUUCCUGGUGAUCGGCUCAAAGUUCCGGUACAGCGGGCGCACCCAGGCACAGACCCGGCAGGCCAGCGCGCUCAUCGACCGGCCCGCGCCGCAGUUCGACCGCUCCGUCAGCAAGAGAUACCAGCUGCCCCGCGGCCUGGACGAAGCCUCAGCCCUGGGUGACAGCAUGGACCAGUUGUCCCAGCGGAGCUCCAGCGACCGGACCCAGUUCAUGUCCAGAGAGGACCUGGACCAGGAGGGCAGUCUGGACCUGGACCAGGACCAGUACCAGGACCAGGACCAGCAGUACCCGUACCAGGGCCAGGGCCUGGAGUCCCCCGGGGACCUGGACGGGGGUCCGCAGGCCAACCGGGCCCUGGAGUACAAGGGUGAGGAUGCGAGCUCACCCGCAGACCAAAAGCCAGAGCAGCAGUUCCUGGACAAGCCGGAGGACGUUCUGCAGAAGCACCAGGCCAGCAUCAACGAGCUGAAGAGGGCCCUGCGUCAGCCCAACAGCAAGCUCAGCCAGCGGGAGAAGCGUCUCUCCUCGAGCACCCCCCCCCCUGGGGGGACCCCCGAGAGGAAGCAGGAGACUCCGCCCACUCCGUCCAUCCAGGAGGAGCCGUUCAAGGAGACCUCGAGGGAGCCGUGGGAGCGCCGUCUGGGCUCGGCCUCGGAGGACGACCCGGACCAGGAGUCCCUCUACCUGAAGGAGGCGCACCUGGGCAUCGAGCGCAAGUGCUCCAGCAUCACGGUGAGCUCCACGUCGUCCCUGGAGGCGGAGGUUGACUUCACCGUGCUCAUGGACCUGCACUCCGGCAUGGAGGAGUUCUCCCGCGGCAUGACGGAGCUGGGCGAGCGCGACCUGUCGCCGGACGGGGGGCUGCGCAUGGGCAUCGACCUGUUCCAGCACCAGCAGCAGUACCAGCAGCAGCUGCAGCACCACCCCCCCCCGCCGCAGCACCACCACCAGCAGCACCAUCAGCAGCACCGUCAGAGCCCCCCGCAGGAGGCCGUCCCCGGCAGCAGCCCCCCGGCGGCCAAGCACCCCCCCGCGCCGACUCCACAGAUGCGACCGGAGGUCAAGCGACAUGAUGGACAGCCCGUCGUUCCCAAGAAGCCAAAGAGGUCAGUGCCCGUGUCGUCGUCGAUGGACAGGGACAGAGACCAAUCGCACAGAGACGUGGGUCGUGGCCCCGCCCCCACGGCACUGAGCAGGGAGGUCAGCGAUGUCAUGGCUCCGCCCACCAUGAGGAGGACGGACGUACGGACCGAGAUGCAGCCCAACGGGUCCGAGGUCACCACCACCAUCGUCGAGUUCACGGAUCAGGAUCACGGUCUGUGUAGCCUGGGAGAUGUUCCUUAUUCUACAAGAGAGAGUGUUUCCCCUGUGCACAUGGGGAGUCUGGGGAGGGAUUCAUCGGGCUCCCCCAUCCUGUUUGCCGAGAACGUCACCUCCGCCACCACUCAGGUUACCAAGACGGUGAAGGGAGGCUACUCAGAGACGCGGAUCGAGAAGCGGAUUAUCAUCACGGGGGACGACGACGUGGAUCAGGAGCAGGCCUUGGCGAUCGCGAUCCAAGAAGCCAAGCAACAGCAUCCCGACAUGCUGGUCACCAAGGCGAUCGUUGUCAGGGAAACGGAGUCCUCCGGCGACGAGAAGCACCGAAUGUCUAAGUGUUGAUCUACGCUGGCGAGGGCGCCCUCCGCAGGAUCAGACGUGUCGGUGCAGCCGCAACCUGAAAUGACCACCUAUCCGUCCGGUGGUGGUUUUGAUGGACACACACACACACACACACACACACACACACACACACACUUGGCCAUGUGUGGCAGGACUAGUGUUGAUUUGUAAUUUCUAUUAACAUUUAAACCACGACCAUGUAAGUUACAUUCAGUAUUUUAGGUUAUUAUUGUUAUUUAUAUUCACUACUGCGCCUGAGAGAUGAUUACGUAUUCUCAGAACAGCGAUGGAGCAGAUGCACUUCACUUGAGAUAAUUGUACUGGAGUCUAUAAUUGGCUGACAAUAUGUCACUAGAACCGCCAGCAGCUGGAAAGAUUUUGUGGAUGAUGGCUAAAUGAUCGUUAAACAGCCAACCAAGAUGUCUUCUACAGUUACCCUCCGAAGUGGAUAAACAUAUCACUGUUGAUCUGUUGAUAUUUUAAAUCAGGCAAAAAAUAUAGCAAGGUCAGACAUGAAUGCAUCACCCUAUUGACAACGUCAUGAAGGGAAUCACCCUCUCCUCAUUCCUUAGACAUUUGUAUUUCUGAGAUACUGUACCACUGAAAAACUGGCCUGAAAUCAACGGGAAUUUCUGCCUGCCUAUGUGCGACAAAAUGACUGAAACUUGUGUGCUUCAAUGUAAACUUCCUCACUUUUUAAAGGAGUACUAUGUUAGAUUGGAUUAUAGGUACAGUGCUGUGGCAUGUGUGUGGGAAAAAACAGGGCUAAGUCAGGGACAAACGGAUUUCUAUCCUUCGUUUUCAUACCUGCUGAGACCAACACAUGAACGAACCGGGUGUCAUUCUUCCGGAGACUCGCUAGGGGGUACUGCAAGCUCAAGUCGUCCUAAUAGCGCCCUCUAGUGGCGCUUAACCUUUCUGCCACACAUGGCAGAAUUUGGCAAAAACACAAUGUUUUGAUAAGUGCUUAAUUUGUCCUGCAGUGCAGUAACAGAAGAUCGUGAAGCAGUAAACACAGAAUAAAACCAGACUUCAUGACAGGACAAUAUCGUCUCUAAGCAUGUCACUAUUUUCGAACAUUACUUUUAAUGUUAUUUUUUUCCACCUCCUUUAGAUAUUGUUUAAUAUGAGAUUAGUAUAUGAGCCCGAUGUUUAGAAAGAGAGU